AUGCCUACCACGAUACAACGACCCAUCAAGAAACUCCUAGUUGCCAACAGAGGAGAAAUCGCAAUUCGCAUUCUACAAUCAACACGCGAAUUACCAAGUCCACCGGAAACGUAUGGCCUCUAUACAUCCAAUGAUUUGACUCACAUAUCUCUGGGACGACCAAAUCAUGCAAUCGAGAUUCCUUCGCCAGCAACAUACAUGGACAUUCCUGCACUGGUGCAACUAGUAAAGGAAAGAGGUCUUGAUGCCAUACAUCCUGGCUAUGGCUUCCUCUCAGAAAGUCCUGAGUUUGCUCGACAGAUGUGGGAGGAAGCGGAUUGUAUGGUAAUCGGGCCAGGAUCCAACAUUCUCGAAACCACUGGAGAUAAAGUCGAGGCCAAAAAGCUCGCUGCCCAGUUCAACGUACCUGUGCUGCAAGCCAUGACAUCGCCUUCUCAGAAAGCCGAGGACAUCAGCAUGUUUGCGAACAAAGUGGGCUUUCCAAUCAUGAUUAAAGCCGCAGAUGGCGGAGGCGGCAGAGGCAUCAGAUUAGUCAGGGACGCAGCAGAAUUGCAAGCAGCAGUACAAAGAUGCAUCGCAGAGAGCCCCUCCCGAAAAGUAUUUGCUGAAAAGGCUGCUGUGGACGGCUUCAAGCAUAUCGAGAUUCAAAUCAUUGGAGAUGGAAAAGGUGGCGCCAAACAUGUCUGGGAAAGAGAUUGCAGCAUGCAACGACGCUUCCAAAAGAUUGUUGAAAUUGCGCCUGCUGUUAUUGAAGACCGGACUACUGUGGCUCGAGUUAUUGCAGCGGCAAUGCGAAUUGCACAAGGAGUAAAUUAUCUCGGCCUAGGCACAUUCGAGUUCCUGGUUAAUGUCGACAAGAACGAGUUCUACUUCCUGGAGAUCAACCCAAGGAUUCAGGUCGAACAUACGAUCAGCGAAAGCAUAGCAAAUGUAGACUUGGUGCACGAGCAACUAUUGUUAGCCCAGGGGUUGGCAGAUCACACCGCCGACCUGCCCACCACCGCAGACGCAAACCCACCUUCCAGAUUCUCUGUACAGCUGAGGUUAUGCGCCGAAGAUCCAAACGCGAACUUCUCGCUCAGCACUGGCAGUGUCACCCAAGCAAGAUUUCCAAGCGGAAAUGGCAUCCGUGUAGAUUCGCAUAUUGUGCGAGGUGCAGUCAUAGGAUCGGACUUUGACAAUCUCCUAGCCAAGAUCAUUGUCACCGCAUCGAGCUGGCAGAGCGUAGUAGUCAAAGCUCGUCGGGCACUUGAAGACACGGAGAUCGUCGGUGUGAAGACCAAUCUGGGUCUCCUCCGCGCGAUUGUUGCAGAUCGAGAGUUUGAGAGUGGCACAGCGGACAAUCAAUGGCUCGAGAAGAAUGUUUCACGGCUGCUUGGGGCUGGCGACAGAAUUGGUGAGCGCAUACAGAAUUUGAACACCAGUCUACCUGCUGUGGAUGAUUCUGCAAGUCAGUCAAGUGGUGGUAGUGCAGUCGGAGGUGCAUUGUUGCGGAAAGGCAAUGCAUGGGCUCUGAGUCUGUCACCCGUCGAGACUUCGGAAGGGAAAGCAGUUCGAAGUCAUCAUGUGAAGAUUGAAAAAGUGUUGAGAAAUGACUUCCCAGACACACUAUCUGCCGUGGUUGCAGUCAGCACAUCAGGUGCAGGAUCGCAGACAUACAAGAUGUCGCUCGAAAGUACGGGUGCAAGUCAAGCGGCAGUCAAUUCGAAGCACAAAAAAGGGGAUGCAAGCAACAAAGCGCAUGUCAUACUCCCAAUGAACGGUAAGUUAGUCGAGAUGCUUGUCGAAGAAGGAGAAGAGGUGAAAGAGGGACAAGUAAUUGCUUUCGUACGCCAGAUGAAGAUGGAACUGGAAGUGCGAAGUCCAAGAUCGGGCACAAUAACGUGGGCUCUGGAGUUGGAGGAUGAGGAAGGUGAUGAUGUGGAACAAGGUGUGCUGCUUGCGGUUCUCAAAGAUGAGCAUUUGAGCGAUGCAAGAGAAUACAAGCUCUAG